AUGGAGGCUGACAAGUCCCAAGAUCUGUUUCCAGGAAGCUGGAGACCCAGGAGAGCCAAUGGUGUAGCUCCAGUCCAAAUACCAUCAGGCUUGAGACCCAAAAAGAGUGGAGAGACGCAGAAAUCCAGAGAUCUCCUUGCUCCAACCGAGGUACCAGGUGCAGGUACUCGCAACUCCUUCUGCUACAACGGGCUGAUUCACCGAAAGUAUGUGGGCAUGGAGCCGGCAGCCGACAGCAAAGGUGUCCUGGUGGUCACGAAGCGGAGAUCCGGCCAGUGGAAGCCUGCCAUCUCUUACGUGCGGACCACCAUCAACAAGAAAGCUUGCGCCAGGCUCAGCAGCAUCAGACACAUGAUAGACAAGAACAAGUACCAGCCCAACCUGCGCAUGGCAGCUAUCCUCAGGGCCAGCGCCAUCCUGCACAGCCAGAAGCCUGUGAUGGUGAAGAGGAAGCGGACCCAUCCCACCAAGAGCUCCUGA